UUAAACAAAACAUUAAAAAAAAUUGGCGGAUGCAACAAUACGAAUCGCGGUCGCAUGCAGGAAACAAUUCUGCAAAAUUUGUUCAACGAGACAGUAAUAAUCACGUAAUUUGUAUAAAACGCGGUGAAGUAGCAACAUUUUUGCAUUUUACUUCUAUAAUCCAAGCGAAACGCAGCUAUACGUGUGAAAAUCAAAGUGGAACAGCAAUUCAGCCGCAAGAAGAACUAAACAACAGAAAACCCCCCACCUACAAAAACUUUGAAUAAAACGACACUCGAGUGACGGAUAGUGAAACAUUCAAGAAACAACAACGGGCAACGCAACAAGUACAAGUACAUACUCGUGCCGCGCAGAAUAGAAACCAGCAGAAGCAAAACCAGAACCGCAACGAGAGCAGAGCCGAGCAGCGCUGAAAGCAAAGGCAAAGAAAAUUAAGUAAAGCAAAGCCCUAGAAAGCUCGAAAAUGUGGAACCAAACAACAGAGGCAGCAAAAGCAACAGCCGCAGCAGCAACAAGUGAUAAUAGCAAGGAGGAGGCCAGUGCAGAGGAGUGUGCAUGUGCUGGCGCUGCUUCCAGUGUUGAGCAGCGGAACGCUAACAAACCCAACUCAUUUGAUAACAGUAAACAUCCAAAAUCCUCAUUUGGCGGCAAAAUCAACGAGAAGUCGGAACAAAGGGGCGACAACGACAACGACAACGCCAUUAACAAGCAAAAAGAAUUUGCAGCCCAAAGCGAAACAAGUGAUUCUGGUUUUAUAUCUGGACCCCAAUCAUCGCAGAUCUUUAGCGAGGAGAUUAUCAGCGAGCACGACACCGACACCGAGCCGAAGCCCGCACCCGCCGUUGAGCCACCGCCGCAGCAAACCCGUCACGCUCCCGAUCACAAGCAAAUCUCUUCCGUGGUCCUUGAUUCGGGCUGCAUUGACGAGGACGAGACCGAGGAGGAGGACAACAACGACGAGCAGGAGCAACAGAAUCCAACAUCCUCCCAGGCUGGCGUCAAGCAACAGCCGGCCGCCACUGAACAAAUGCGCCUCAAACACAACACAGAUGCCGGCAUACCACAAUGGACAGUCCAAAGCAAUCUGGCCGGACGUGGCGAGGUACUCAACAAUCUGGGCACCACCAACAACAGCACCUCCAUUUCGGGUCGCAGCAAAGCCACCCCAGCCACCAGCAGCGAUAUCAAGCCCACAAAUGCAGCAUCCACAGCAUCUGCCUCUGGAUCGGCUAAUCUGAAUAAUAGCAGCAUCAAUAUCAUAAACGCCUGGGAGCAGUUCUAUCAGCAGAAUGACGACGGCGACACACCUCUACAUUUGGCUUGCAUAUCGGGCUAUGUGGAUGUGGUGGCUGCCCUCAUACGCAUGGCCCCUCACCCAUGUCUGCUCAAUAUCCAAAACGAUGUGGCGCAGACCCCACUGCAUCUGGCUGCCCUAACAGCCCAACCGAAUAUCAUGAGAAUGCUGCUACUUGCUGGAGCUGAGCCCACAGUUCGUGAUCGUCAUGGCAAUACGGCGCUGCAUCUAUCCUGCAUUGCCGGUGAGAAGCAAUGUGUUCGUGCCUUGACGGAGAAGUUUGGUGCCACGGAGAUCCAUGAGGCGCACCGCCAGUACGGACAUCGUUCGAAUGACAAGGCUGUUAGCUCCCUCAGCUAUGCCCGUCUACCCGCCGAUCUGGAGAUACGCAACUACGAUGGUGAACGCUGCGUACAUUUGGCUGCUGAAGCCGGUCACAUUGACAUUUUACGCAUUUUGGUAUCACAUGGAGCUGAUAUCAACGCUAGGGAGGGUAAAUCGGGACGCACACCGCUGCACAUUGCCAUUGAGGGCUGCAAUGAGGAUUUGGCCAAUUUCCUGCUCGAUGAGUGCGAGAAGCUGAAUCUGGAGACGGCCACCUUUUCGGGCCUGACAGCCUACCAGUUUGCGUGCAUCAUGAACAAAUCCCGUAUGCAGAAUAUACUCGAGAAGCGCGGCGCCGAAACCGUAACGCCGCCCGAUAGUGAUUACGAUACUAGCGAUAUUGAAGAUCUAGACGAUACGAAGAUGUACGAUCGCUUUGGUGAUCCUCGAUACUUUGUCAGCUACAGCGGCGGCAAUCCCAUGACAGUCGCCUGAGUGCCCUAACCACUUGUACAUACCCCAUAACAUAGCAUUACAAAAUAUCUAUAUAUUCUUAAAUGAUUAACGAAGAAAACAACAAAAAACAAAACAAAACCCAACCCGAAUUCCAAAACUUAACAAACUGGUUCAAUUGCUGUUCCUGCCCCCUGCCGCUGUUUCUGCACCAC